UUAUUUUUUUUUUUUUUAUGCAGAGGUCGUACAUUUAUCAAUAUGAUCCUCAGAAUUUUAAGUGGAGUAAAGUUGAGGUAACUCUAGAACUGCCUGCAGACACACUAUUUUAUGGGGAGCUAGUGUCAGAACUCAGAGGAGAAGGCCGAGCUCAGAGAAAGAUCACCUGCUUGCAUAUUAUAGAUGCUAUUUGCUUAGGAGGAAAGGAUGUCAGGAAGCAGCAUUAUGAAAACAGAAUGUUACUUGCUGCAAAACUUGCUAAAGCUGUUUCUAAACCAAGCAGAUCUGAUUAUACAUAUCUGAGGGUAAAAAAAGUGUGGCUGCUUUCUGAAAUAGAUCAAAUAUUUGAAAACCUAACUAUGAAAUAUACAAAAAAUAGCAUGGUUCCUAGGUUAUGUUAUGAUUUAGGUGAUGGUCGUCACAUUUUACCAACUGGUCUACUUAUAUUCAAAACAACACAAGAUCCAUGGGUUACUGCAUAUAGCAAAACUAAUAGAAAGAAAUACUUAUUUAACACUAGGGAAAAUGUAUCUUUUUUUGAGCGACAAGAAGCUGCUAAUGCAAACUUUCAAUCAUGCUUUAGCAAACGCUUUCUAUGGAGUUGGGAGAAAGGAGUUCAACUGAUACCAGAGCAGAAUACUGAUGGUGAUAUUUCUGCAGUCCAUGGUGCUAUUCUUAUUAAAUUUGUGCAAAGUCAGUUGAGGAGAAUGAAGGGUUGUUAAAUAAGCUUAAAAUCAUCUUUUUGAGAUAUGUUAUAUUUCCAGUUUUCAUCGCACCGAUUUUAGAAUUGUUGACUGUAUAAACGGGCUGAUGUUCAGCUGUAUGAUUUUCACAUCUCAUUGUCAAUAUCAUUUAUCAUUUGUUAAUAAAGACUGUUAUAAAAAUGUUUAUUCUUA